AUGAUUAGCUUUGAUAAUUUCGGCAGAUAAAUUAAGCUUUACUACAAAGGUCAAGACACCUUGAAGAGCAAUUUCGGAGCAUUCAUGACCUUGAUCUAUAUUCUCCUCCUUGUCACAUUUAUACUUUAUAGAACAGUGGUCCUUGUCUAAAAAUCCGAAGUUAAGGCCAGUAAAUAUAGUUUUGUUCAGAAACUGUCUUAAGCUGAGCCUUAUAAUCCAUAUUAGUAUGGUUUUAAUUACGCAUUUGGAAUUCAAAAAUAUCUUGACCCAACUAUUGCCACAUACUCGAUUAUAUAUACAAUAUAAAGAUCAUUGAAAAACUCAACAGUGAGACCUAGAGAGAGAGUAUCUGUUUAAUUUGCAUCUUGCAACAAUACUAAUUUUCCUUAACUUGAUGCAGAAGAAUACGCUUCUUCACCCAUUUCUAAUAUGAUGUGUGCAAUUAAUGAUCCAAAUAACAUUGAUUUAUAAGGUGAUUUUUAUUCAGAUAUAUUUAAAUAUGUCGAGGUUAGGCUAACUAGAUGUGUAAAUGGAACUGAUUCAAAUAUUACUUGCAAAUCUAAAGAGGACAUUAUUGCUUUUCUUAACACUUAGAGAUUAUCAAUAAUCUAUAUAAAUUAGUACUUUGACUUUAAAAGCUUCGGGCAGGAAAUUAAUAGUUAUUUAGAUGACUCAAUAUACUUUGAUCUCGAAAAGGAUAGAUUGAAGCAAACGAAUGUAUUUAUCCAGAGAAAUAGAAUUAAACUUACUGACGAUUAUUUCUAGUAUGGAUAAUAAAGUGAUAGAGAGUUUUUCUAAAUCAGCAAUAUCAGAAGCUAUGAGGAUGAUAAUGCUUUUGAAAAUUAGAUAUACAACAGAGUAUUCUUUAGAAUUGAUAAAAAUUACGACAUCUUUGAAAGAUAAAUAUAUUCAUUCGGAUAAUUAUUCGGUGAGUUAGGAGGUCUUAAAACUUCUCUAUUUUUUGUUAUUUCAAAUCUUGUAGCCAUCUUUACUUCUUAGAUUCCAUUUAUGAGAAUUGCAAAUAAAGUUUUCCAAUCCUAUGAGAGAUCAGAGUUACUAUCCAAAAUAGGUAGAAAUAUAAUAUAUUCUGAGUAAUCUUAGCACAGUGAAAAAAAUACUACCACUAACGGCAACAGUGGUAAAUUAGAUAAGUCUAAAUUACGCCUGAUUUUUCAGAAGGCUUAGCAAAAAAUUAAAAAUGAACUUGAUGUUACCAAUAUCAUUACUAAGCUGAGGACUUUCUAGAAUAUAGUGAAUAGUAGUUGCAGUACGAAAUAAAAGCUUGCUUUGCAGUAUUAAAAGUCCCACGUGGUUGAGACAGAUGACUCGGAUUAUGAAUACUCAUGUUUCAAAAAUGAACUUUAAAAGAUGAUCUAAAACAAUAAUAUGGUAAAGUAAAAUCAAGAAUUUUUAGAAAAAACAUUGAAAAUUUCAAGUAAAGAUAAAGAUGGUCAUAAAUCAAAUGAUAGCAAAUUUAUUUUAGGGAUAAUUUAAAAACCUCAAGAUACUAUUUAAAAAAAGUUGAGAAGGCAAAGUUAAUCGAUUAUCUAAAAUGAGCUUUUACCGACCUCUAUUUAUGGCAUAAAAAAUGUAGUGCUUCUCAAAAAACAAGAUGUCGAAAGCUUAAGUGCUGGAGAGAGGAAAAAACUAAGUAAUUAAUUUGUAAUAUAUGAACCUAAAAUAAUGUUUGAUGAUAAUGAGGCAACUAACAGAGCUCUUGAAGACUCCUCUCGAUAAAUACUAUUUUAAACUAAGCAAUUCAAAGCUAACAAAAAAAGAAAAACAACUACUGAACUUAAGAAACCUACAAGAAAAAUAAAGUAUCUGGACACUUGA